GAUCAAUUCUCUGUCCUGGAGGGGAAAAAAACUGUAAGAGCUGGAUCCUGAUACUUCUAUCUCGAUCCCCGCAUCCGUUUUCUUAUAUAAACGCAGAUGGGUCAGCUAAGAAGGCGAUAACACCAAGAACAAAAAAAAACCCACUUCCUGCUUAGGAGCCUUUAGCUCUGGAAUGUCCUACUUUCCCCAAUCUUGACACGGCUGUAUGAGUUUGCACUAUCUUGAUCGCCUGUCCAGGCUCGUCCGACCAUGUCACUCGCUUGAAAAGGACCGCAAACGCCCGUGGUUACUGCAUUACAGAAGUUCAAAGUGGUUCAUUCUUCUGACUGUCACUUUUGCUGUGUUCACCGACAUCUUCCUCUACGCCGUCAUCGUGCCUGUGAUACCAUUCGCACUUAAAAGCCGAGCUGGGAUUGCCGGGAGUCAAGUGCAGUCAUGGGUUUCUAUACUGAUAGCCGUUUAUGGAGGUGCUCUGGCCCUGGCUUCUCCCAUUUGUGGAUGGAUAGCUGAUGCAACAAACAAUCGGCGCCUUCCGCUGGUGGCCGGCCUUGUCGCCCUUGGUGCCUCAACAAUCAUGCUGAAUCUUGGUCGCAGUAUUGUUGUGCUCGUCCUUGGUAGAAUCUUGCAAGGGGUCUCCGCCGCUGUCGUUUGGUGCGUUGGGCUUGCCCUGGUAGCUGACACUGUGCCAACAGACGAAGUAGGCAAGUCGAUGGGCUACGUGUUCUUUGCCAUGUCUGUAGGUAUGAUUGCAGGUCCCUUGCUGGGCGGCGUGGUCUUCGACAAAGGGGGUUAUAAUGCGGUCUUUGGCAUGAUCUACGCAUUGAUCGGUGUCGACAUUGCCAUGCGAUUCUUCAUGAUCGAAACCAAAGACGCGAAGAAGUGGAAGGAGGUUGAGGACAGAGGAAAAUCACAAGCUUCUGUUGAGAAGGGCGAGCCUAACGACUCAGAGGGCCUAGAGCCUCCACAGAGCAUCUCAAACAAUACGCUGGACAUAGUCGAAGACGGAGAGAUGGCCUCGACUGGUGGAAGACAUCGCGUGGAAAAUUUCGAGCCUGAAAUACUGGUAACAGGAAGUCGCAUUAAGAGACGUGUCCCGGCGCUGGUCACUUUGCUGAAGUCCCGACGGCUGCUUUGCGCCCUUUGGGCCUGUCUUGUCGUCGCCACCCUGUUCUCGCACUUCGACUCCGUUCUCCCACUGUUCGUCCACGAGACAUUCGGCUGGGACCCGACUGCAGCAGGUCUGAUCUUUAUUCCGCUCCUGCUGCCUUCGUUCGCGUCGCCAAUAAUCGGCUGGGCGGUCGACAAGUUCGGCCCCCGUUGGAUCACGACGACAGGCUUCCUCCUUUUCGCGCCAAUCGAGGUGCUGCUGCGUUUCGUGACGCACGACACUUUGGGACAGAAAGCAGUCUUGUGCGUGCUGCUGGCGUUGCUCGGUCUGAGCCUGGAUUUUUCAACAACGCCGUUGCUGGUGGAGAUAACUUUUGUCGUGAUGCAAAAGGAGAAGGACAACCCUGGCCUUUUCGGAAAAGGUGGAGCAUAUGCUCAGGCUUACGGUCUUUUCAACUUUGCUUGGGCUUGUGGUUGUCUUGUUGGACCGAUAUGGGCGGGUCUGGUGCGUGAACAUGCUGGAUGGGGGACGAUGACAUGGUCGAUUGGUUUGCUAAGUGGCCUUACCGUCGUUCCUGUUUUCGUUUGGACGGGCGGUUCAAUUUUUGACAAAGGGAAGAGACAGUGGUGGAGUAAUAACGAAACAACACGUACGGACGUGGACAUUGCAUGAAGCCGCAUAGAUUGAAAUAGGACCGAAUAGAGAGUGAAGGCGCAGGAGGCGACAUUUUCAGCGCGAAAGCCUUACAGGAUGACAAUCUUCUAGAUUCAUUGGCUAGAUUGGGCGUAAAAAGAGAUUCUGAACCGUCAAAUAUGUUGCUAAUGUGAUUAAUCAACGCCUGGCUCUUAAA